CCUAAAGCCAUGGCACCCUGAACACUUUCAAGGACUAUAGCCAUGGAAUAGGAUCUAUGAUACUGGCAUAAAAAAAGAGAGCUGUGAUGAUGCUUCCAGCUACCUACUGGUCUUCAAUUCAAUGACUUUGACAAUUGCAGUCCCGCACCCUGUUCUUCAUAGCUUCAACUCAUCAUGAUCAGGGCCAUAUUCUACAGCAAAUUUGACACCCAAGAGGGUUGUCCAUCAAGUCCCCGACGGAGCCAUCGUACCCUCUGCGACCGCCCCUCGCAACCUCUCUUCCUGACCUUCUCCAACAUCUCCUUCUUCGUGAUCCCCCGGCAAGAGCUCUGCGGCAAUCUGAUUCAGGUGUGCACAAAUGGGUACCGGAUAUUGGGCUAUCCAAUCUGCAUGAAAUCGCUCCGGUACGACCGCAAUGAGUUCAUAUUCAACUUCUGCCUGGUGCUGGCCGAGGAGGAGGACUUUAGCUCGUACAAAAGCGUGGUGCAGAAGCUUGCGGAUCUGAUGCAUGGGCUGGAAGAGCAGAAUGGAUUCUUGUCUAGGGAUCAUUCGAAAAGUGGAGAAGGGAAGGUAUACAGUCUGUGCGAGACAUUGAUGGAGGAUUUGAAUAACUAUUGCGAGUGCAUGAUUCCAAUAGAUGAAUUGAACACGCUGAAUAUCAAGCUGUUCCCUGUAUACCCUGCUCCUCCACAGGUGCGAGCUUGGCAGGUCCCUCUUUUCACGGUCCGAUACCAGGCGUUUAUGGAUGAGAAUUGGGAUCUGACCAUGCAACGAAUUGUGCCUCAUAUAAAUGGCGUCAACAGCAUCCGCAUCAUAUCCAUCCUCGCAGAUACUGACUUCUCCCUCACCUGCCGCGCGAUCCGCCAUCUCCUCUACUACGGCUGUCUAUUCCUGCUAGACAUCUUCUCCUUCUCGGCAAUCUACGCGCCUACCGCCCAGUUCAGCUCCACCAUCGCCUCCGACGAAGAAAUGCAGCGCGAAUGCGCCCGCUACGUCAACACACUCUUCGCCCCGUCCCUAACCGGCCACGGGAGCACCAAUGCCGCCGCACCACCGUCCGCCUCGACCUCCGCCCUCUCACCCGCCGCCCACGGCCUCACAAACGCCCACGUUUCCGGCAUCCCAGGCAACCUCGUCGGCCUUUCCAAGUACGACCCGGACUCCGUGUGGCCCCGACGACCACGACCCCACGCAACCCCACCUCCCCCGGAAAUGGUCGAUGGCGUGGGCAUCGUCGAGCUCUACGCAAGCCUCAAGCAAGGACAGAGCGUGCGGCAAUGGUACGCCCAGAACAGCCGCAAGCUAGCCCACAUCGACAUUCGCCGCUUCAUCACGUUCGGUAUCAUCAAGGGAUUCCUAUACCGCGUCCACAAGUACGCCUACGCGACGGGGCAACCCGCCCCGCAGCUGAAGUCCUCCCAUCAUUACCAUAGCUCUCAAUCGCAGCCGCCAUCGGGACCCUCGUCCCGAGGACCGGGCACGGGAACGAAUAGUCCCUAUGCGUCGAGUGUGGGUGAUGACGCGGCACCGAUUGCCCAGCAACAGCAUCAUCACCAGCACUCUGGCCAGCGCGGGGAUGACGGAAGGGAGCAUGCAACCUCGGUGCAUAGCGGGAGUCGCUCCGCAGUCGUCUUUGACGAUGAGGACGAGGAGGAGCUCGUGGAUAACAAGACGUUAUCCAAAUAUCUGGACGGCAUGCAUUGUUUUGAUCAGAUUUGUACUGAGCUGGAGAUCAGUGAGAAGGACCUAACGGCGGCGCUGAAGAGAUACCCCGGGGAGGUCUUGAUUAUACACCGAUGAC